AUGUCUGUCAGUCUGGCUGCAGGUCAUCAGUUUGACCGGGACGUCGAGUUGUUGUUGUGCUCUCUGAUGGGCAACCCAGUGGUCAUGCUGAGCCUGUACCCAGAUUUCCCCAACGAUGUGAUGUCAUUGAUGACCUCACAUGCAGAGUUUCUGUUCAUUAUGGAUCGCUCUGGUAGCAUGUCAUGCUCCAUGCACAAUAGACCUGGGGCCCAGGACCGCAUAGACAGUGCCAGGGACACUCUGCUGCUCUUGCUGAAAAGCCUGCCCAUGGGCUGCUACUUCAACAUCAUCAGCUUUGGGAACAUUUAUAAGUCCUUCUUUCCUAAGAGUGUGGAGUACAGCCAGAAGACAAUGGAUGAGGCUCUGCAGAAGGUGAAGGCAAUGAGGUACAGAGAUCCUCCAGCCUUUAAAACAUAUCUACAGCCAGCCCUGCCUCCCUGACCAGCCCAGACAGCUCUUCUUGUUCACUGACGGUGAGGUGGGGAACACCAAGGAAGUCCUGGAUCUGGUGAAGGCAAAUGCCGGCUCUCACAGGUGCUUCUCCUUUGGGAUUGGAGAGGGGGCCAGCAGGGCGGAGGGCACGCACAGUUUAUCACAGGACAGGACAGGAUGCAGCCCAAAGUGUGAGUGUUGACGAGGACCGGGCUGGAGAUCACUCUGUCAUGCUGAUUGAGUUUGAAUAA